AUGGAGCUGUGCAGUUCCAUCCUGGGUUCGAUCCUGGGGCCGGCAUCUCUGUGUUUGGAUCAGAUAUGUAUCGUUCUCUGGAGUCUGCCGUGGCCUCUGAACUAUUUAGUCCUCCUGGUGAUCCUGGUCCAAGUUUGCAGAAUGGUGUACCUGCUGCUCAAAUGGCUGUUCGAAAGGAAAAGACUCGACAAGGAGCCUCCUCUCUUCAACGGUUUGCUGUGCAUCGGAGAGGCCCGUCAGUUUGGGGAAAACUGCCCGAAGCUUUUGAACGACAAAAGAAAGUACUAUGGGGAUGUGUUCACCAUCAAGAUACUAGGCAGGUACAUGACCUUCGUAAUGGACCCUCAAGACUUCCCGGCGGUCAUCAAGAGCUCCUCGCGGCAGUUGGACUUCCAUGCAUUUUCUCGUAGGAUCGCGUCGCACGCCUUUGGAUACACAGUGCUGCCCGAGCAGGAUAUGGCCGUAUUGGAGGGUUACUACACCCAUCUCCAGGGCAACAAGCUCGACAUCCUCCUGGAGAGCCUGCAGGAGAACCUGCAACUGGUGCUGAAAGAGGAGAUCCCCGACUCAACAGAAGGGACCAUAGUUGACGGUCUGAAUAAUCUGACGGAGCGUGUGGCCUUUGAGGCGAUCUUUAUGACGCUGUACGGUCGCUCGGCAACGAACCAACGCCACGCCUUCAUCCCAAAGCUUCUGAAGGAAUUCAAGGUGUACGACAGCUGGUUCCCCAUUCUGGCCGCUCAGAUACCGAUAUGGUUCUGUUGCUCUCGUACCCGGACCAGUCUCCAUGGUUACUUCAAGCCUGAGCUCAUGAAGGAAUGGGUCGGAGCGUCUUACUUUGUCCAACAGAGGAGCCGGCAGUUUGUGGAGCUUAGGCUGAGCGACAAGGAGACCUCAGCUCACCACUUCGGGAUCCUCUGGGCCGCGGUCGCCAACACGAUGCCCAUCAUGUUCUGGACGCUGUACCAUCUGAUCCGGAACCCGGAGGCGAUGGCCGCCGUGCGCCAAGAAAUUCAGAGUGUGACGAGCGACAGCAUUGAUCUGACGAGAGAGACCCUCGACAAGAUGUUAGUGCUCGACUCGGUGGUGAAAGAAGCUCUUCGUCUCAGUACGAUGUCCAUGAACCUGCGCGAGGCGCAGGAGGACUUUGUCCUUGAGCUUCCGUCUGGAAAACAGCCGAUACGUAAAGGAGACUUGGUCGUGAUGUUCCCCAUGACCGCCCACAUGGACCCCGAGAUCUACACAGAACCACAGAUUUUCCAGUUCGACCGGUUUCUCUUGGAUGGUAAUCCGAGGUCGACCUUCCUGAGGAACGGGAAGCCCGUGCGCCAAUACCACAUGUCGUUUGGCUCUGGUCCCACUAGGUGCCCGGGCGAAAAGCUCGCCACGUCCGGUGUGAAGCACCUUGUGUGUCUGAUGCUGAUGUAUCUGGACCUGGAGCUCUGCGACCCAAACGUGGAGGAGGUGACGUACGACGUGUCCCGAGCCGGGCUGGGAACCAUGCCGCCCAAAGGAGACGUGAACAUCCGCGUCAGUCUCAGAGUCUGA